UCGUUCCUUUCCUCUCCCCCCCGCGCGCGCUUUCUCCUUCUUCUUCCCGCUCGUUCCAGCUCGUCCGCCGCUGGCCAUGGACGGGGCUGCCCCGACUCCACCGCCCCCGCCUGCCUUGACGGGUCUCUCCGCCGCAGCCGCACCGCCCCCGACCCCCAAUCCCCUGCCCCCGACCUACACCGCAACCGCGAGCGCGCACCGCGGCCGGUGGGCGCCGCCACGGCCCAUGGAGCAACCGGCGGCCACGCCGAAGCCCAAGAUGCCCCGGCCGCAGCCCAGCAAGAAGAACAAACGGGCCGCGACGCCGGCGGCUGAACAGCCGGGGAAGAAGAGGAAGGCAGCCGCGGGUCGCGGCCGUGCGUCGGCGGGUACCACCGACGAGUCAGCGCCGCAAUUCAUGCCGCCACCCGCACCUCCUGUCGCUCCACUGUCACCCGCGCCGCCGGCAAGGGACGCCGGUGACGCCGACGGCCGCCCCCAACGUGUUCGAUGGAAUGUCCGGAAGCUUCGACGAUGAUGAGUUCAUGGCAAAUAUGAAUACGGGUUCAUAUGAUUACAUGUCUCAAUCUCAAGAUUAUGAGACUCAACUUGAUGGUGGCUUAGAAGAAGAGGGUUUCAUCGAUGAGAUGCCGAAGGGGAGAACGGCCAACUACACCACCGUCGAAGACUUGUUGCUUGUGAAGGCAUGGAAGAAGGUUGGCAUGGAUGUGGCUGUGGGUACCGAGCAGCCCAAAGAUCUCUAUUGGGUGAGGAUCAAAGAAUACUUCGGUGAAUACAACCAAAGUGGCAACGAGCGGACGACGACUUCUCUUCGGUACCGUUGGUCCACAAUUUCUACGGAUUGCCAAAAGUGGUCGGGAUGCUUGUCUUAUGUGCAGAAAUUGAACCCAAGUGGUACAAAUGAUCGUGAUAGGCUUAAUAUUGCAAUGAAGGCAUUCAAAGGAAAGCCCAACAAGAACAAGAAGGGCAAGCUCGUAUACGGCAAAGCUUUCACUUUCUCUCAUUGUUGGGCCGAGCUUGAGCAUGAUGAGAAGUGGAGGAAUCGUGAUAUGUAUGAAGUGCCAAGAAGAGCUACCAAGAGCUCGGUAGGAGACGCAACCAAUGUUGAUGAUGAUGAAGUAUCAAGUGAGGAAGAGAAAAGAAGCCCCACACCCAAGUCGGUUGCAAAAACAUCAAAAAGGCCCGAAGGGAGGAACAUGGCCAAGAAUAAGGGCAAGAAGUCCGGUGAAGAUGACAUAAAGAAGUCAUUGGAUGCCAUUUGCAAUGCAAGGAAGGAUUAUGCCAAGGAGAGGAAGUUGAUGAGGAGCAAGGAAAUAGAGGAGAGGAAUGCUACCGAGUUGAGAAGGGUGUGGGUGGAGGAGAGAAGCUUGCAAUGGAGGAGGCCUGGAGCAAGAGAAGAAUUUCAUGUUUAUGGACACAACCAAUCUUAAUGAUAAGAAAAAAGAGUAUGUUGAGUUGAUGUGCGAACAAAUAGUAUCACAAAAACGCAUGAUGGGAGGCUACAUUAUAAAUGGAUUCAUGGGAGGUACCAUGGGUGCCAUGGGAGGCAUUGGAGGAACCAUGAGCGGCAUGAGAGGCAUGGAAUCCAUGGGAGGCAUGGGCGGCAUGGGUGGCAUUGGAGGUACCAUGGGCAUUGGAGGUACCAUGGGCGACAUGUGAGGCAUUGGAGGUACCAUGGGUGGAUUCAUGGCGUCCAUGGUUGCCCCCAUCUCUCCAUUUGGAACUUCCACAAGUGGUUUCAAUGGAGGUACCAUGGGUGAUGGAAUGGGUUCAUUCAACGUUCCCAUCAAUGGAGGCAAUGAAGGUAAAGGAAACGAUGAUGGCAAGGAAGGGGAUCCAUAAAAUGAUGUUUGAACGAUGUUUUGUGCUAUGUUUGAACUAUGUCUUUGUGAUAUGUUUGAACUAUGUUUUGUGCUUGUGUGAACUAUAUUUGUGAAUCGUUGACAUUUGACAUUUCAUAUGCUUGGGAUGAUGAAGCUAUGAUCUUGAUUAUGCUAUUCAUAUGCUUGUGUGAUUAUUUGUCAACUA